AUGUCACUUACUAAUCUGCAGAAAAAGAAGACACUUCUUCUUCUUUUAGAAGAAAUAGAUGAUGAAGAAUUACUUAUGAAAUUUAUGUUUAAAAAAAACCAAAAUGUCCAUGAUAUGUUUCAAACUAGAAAAUCUGAAGGUUUUUUCAGUGUUUUAAUUGAGAAACAUUUAUUCCGUGACCAGAGAAAAUUCAGAGAGUUUUUUAGACUCAGUUAUGAUCAAUUCACAUAUGUUUUAAAUCUAAUAGAAGAUGAUAUAAAAUGUAAUGCGUACAACAGACAUAAAGAACCUAUAAAUCCGGCCGAAAAACUAGCAUUAACAUUAAGGUAA